AUGGCCGAGAACUCUGUCAACCCCAUCCCCUUCUCCGAACCGCCCUACCUUCGCGGCCUUCCUUCCCCAUAUAUCACAGACGCUCAUCGACGCUUCCAAAAAGCUUGUCGCAAAUUUGCCUGGGAGAAUCUCAUCCAAAAUGCCAUGGAGUGGGAAAAGUCCGGAACUGUGCCCGAGCAUGUCUUCCAGACCUUCUGCAAACACAAUAUGCUGCUCCCCAACAUGCCUGCCCCGCUACCCGUCGAUUGGUGCAAACGCGUAGGAAUCCACGAUAUUUUGGGCGUCAAGGUUGAAGAUUGGGAUUAUAUCUAUACUGGAAUCUACUGUGAUGAAAUGGGCCGGUCUGGUCUGAGCGGCCCGGGUGGCUCGCUCAACGCUGGCUUUGCCUUUGGUAUCCCGCCCAUUGUCAAGUUCGGAAGCAAGGAAUUGCAAGAGCGCUUCCUUCCUGACCUGCUUACCGGCAAGAAGCGCGGAUGCAUUGCGAUCACUGAGCCCGAGGCUGGCAGUGAUGUUGCGAAUAUCGUUACGACAGCUACGAAGAGCGCCGAUGGAAAGCACUACAUCAUCAACGGAUCCAAGAAAUGGAUCACCAAUGGUAUUUGGUCUGACUAUGCGACCAUGGCAGUCCGCACUGGUGGCCCCGGUGCCAAGGGUCUCUCCGUUGUCAUCGUGCCUCUGAAAAACCACCCUGGUGUCUCAAUGCGUCGACUCCAAGUCGCGGGUCAGAAGACCGGUGGAACAACUUACAUCGAGCUUGACGAUGUCAAGGUCCCGGUAUCCAACUUGGUCGGCAAGGAGGGCGACGGCAUGCGUAUCAUCAUGACCAACUUCAACCAUGAGCGUCUCGUUAUCGCCGUCGGUGUCACUCGCCAAGCCCGCGUUGCCCUGUCUGCGGCUUUCUCUUACUGCCUCAAGCGUGAGGCAUUUGGCAAGACCCUCAUGGACCAACCUGUUGUUCGCCAUCGCCUUGCCAAGGCUGGGGCUGAGCUUGAGACAAUGUGGGCGUGGGUCGAACAGAUCCUCUACCAACUGACCCAUAUGAGCAAAGAGGAGGGCGAUCGCCAACUUGGUGGGCUGACGGCUUUGGCUAAGGCGAAGUCUGCAAUGGUCCUGAAUGAAUGUGCUCAGUGUGCUGUUCUUCUAUUCGGAGGCAAUGGCUUCACCCAGACUGGUCAAGGCGAGCUUGUAGAAGCAAUUCUUCGCGAUGUUCCUGGCGCCCGGAUCCCUGGUGGAUCUGAGGAUGUGUUGCUUGACUUGUCUGUGCGCCAGUUGGUCAAGAUCUACCAAGCACAGGAGAAACAGCUUACUCAGACUUCGAAAAUCUGA